CACAUACACAGACAGAUGGUCAGUGUCAGUCCACAGUUGUACAGAAUAUAUUAGCAGAAGGGACAAAACGGCUCCAAGGGAACUGCACUGGGAUUCUACUUAAUCAGUAAAAUUAAAAGGCAACCCACAUGGAGACACACACAGCUUUCCCUCAGUUCUCUGGCAAUCAAAGCUUAACCAAUAUCACUUGUUCCCGUGACAACGUGUUGAAGACUGUGGUUUUUCCUGUUCUCUACUCCUUCCUCUUCUUGCUGGGGUUAUUGCUCAAUGGCGUGGCGGUGUGGGUGUUUUUUCGUAUCCCCUCCCAGUCUCACUUUAUCAUAUACCUGAAGAAUAUCGUGGUUGCAGACGUCAUCAUGACCUUCACAUUCCCUUUCAAGGUGUUAUCAGACUCCAACAUGGCAUCCACUGGCCUGCGUGUGUUUGUGUGUCGAGUUUCCUCAGUGCUCUUCUACCUCACCAUGUACAUCAGCAUCCUCUUCUUCGGCCUCAUCAGCAUCGAUCGCUGCAGAAAGACCCUCACGCCCUUCAGGGGCACUAACGCGUCCCGGUUAGCUCGUCGGAAGCUGCUCUCGGGCUCCAUCUGGACCUUUCUGCUCGUCCUCUGUCUGCCCAAUGUGAUCCUGACGUGGAAAACCCCAACUUCUAAAUACUUCAAGUGCAGCGACCUGAAGACGGAGGCCGGGCUGUUUUGGCAUGAGGUGGUGAAUCAUGUCUGUCAAGUUAUAUUCUGGGGCAACCUAGUGACUGUGAUAGUCUGCUACACUCUGAUAACCAAAGAGCUGUACAGGUCCUACUCUCGCAGUAAGUCCCACAGCACUGGAGGGACUGUAUGUCGAGCACAAAGCAGGACAACAACCCUCAAGUCCCAGCCACCCAAGAGGAAAAUAAACGCCAACGUGUUUCUGGUCCUGGCAGUGUUCUUCGUGUGCUUUGUGCCAUUUCACUUUGCCCGUGUGCCAUACACCAUGAGCCAGACCAGAGGGGUUCUCUUUGACUGUAAGCUCAAGCUCUUCUUCUUUCAGCUGAAAGAGAGUACACUGUUCCUCUCAUCCCUGAACUCUCUCCUAGACCCACUCAUCUACUUCUUCCUCUGCAAGUCCUUCAGGACCACACUGUUCAAGACCCUGCAUAUUCCUUCUGGUACCUGCAGCUGGCUGACACGGAGAAGCUCGAACACGGACACGGGCAGCACCCCUCUGAGAGACUCCUCCUUGUGCACGUAAAGUCACUGCACAGCACAAAGACACUUGAAACGUGGUAGUGAGGUGUUGCUGUUUCAUAAUAAUGAGAAUUUAACUUUGUCACUAUAUAGAGGAUGUGCAGUAUGUGACGGUGAUUCAGUCCCACAGCCUUUCCCCAACAACAGAAAACAAAUCAAUAAAUCACCAUAAUAUCAAUGUCUUUAAUAGUUAAUACACUGCAACUAACAAUUAUCAUCAGCUUGUUGUUGUGUGCAAAGGUUUUUUGUAACACUGAGACACUGCAAAGGACUGUUGGGGUCAUGUUGAGGAAUAAGGUUAUGAGACUAAAGUUGUAAUUUUGUAAUAAAAGUGUUUAUAUAAUGAGAAUAAAGAAAAAUAUAUUUUUUGGGAUCAAGAAGCUGUAACCAACGACAGCCUUUUAGUUGACUAUUGCUAAACAUGUCCUCCUCUGUAAAAGAGACUAUUUG